AUGAAGUGCUUCAAGCUGGCGGAUUUCGGAUUCAGUAAGAAGAAGGCCGACAUCGGAGGAACCAUUCUGGGAACUGAACAGUUCAUGUCUCCUGAGAUCUUCUCAGAACUCAAUCCGCACUGGGCACCCGAACGCAAAGAAGUGGAGCUCAAGAAGUUAGCCGAUAACUUCAGCUAUUCCAAGGCUGUUGCGCAAACGAAGAAGCAGAUAACUGCCAACUGCACCCCAGACAUCGAGGACCUCUUCAAGAAGAUGUUCGACUUGGAUCCAGAUAACCGCAUCACCUUCUCUGACAUCAGAAAGCACCCAGUUUUCGCCAAGCACUUCCCCGUGGUGGCUGAGGCCAGCAAGAUCCUCUACUCCAAGAAGUUCCAGCCCAGCAAAAUCGUCAAAAAGUCAUUCAUCAAUAAGCUCACCAGCAAAAAGAGCGAAGAGGAGAAGACAACAUUCGCGGCACCAUGA